GGACUUGUCAUGAUGCGAUUGGUUAGAAAGCGUGUCAGCGUUUGAAUGGGGCUCUCCGUAUCCAUUUUUCUGUGAUGUAGCCUACAUAGACACGAGCUGUAACAAUGGGACCGUUAAGAGUUAUAUCUGUCUUUCUGGAUUUGAUUUUAGUAUGUCUGAUGUUCGCCCCGUGCGGCGCUCGUGAUUUGGACUCCAGCUAUGUGACUUGCGGCUCUCUGGUCAAACUGCUGAACACCCGCCACAGCGUCAGACUUCACUCGCACGAUGUCAAAUACGGAUCAGGAAGUGGCCAGCAAUCAGUAACAGGCGUGGAUUUGGCCGAUGAUGCCAACAGCUACUGGCAUAUCCGUGGGAAACCAGACAAAGUUUGUCAGCGCGGGGAGCCUAUUCGAUGCGGACAGGCCAUCCGAAUUACACACAUGAAGACCGGACGCAACCUACACUCACAUCACUUUAGCUCCCCACUGUCUAACCACCAAGAAGUGAGUGCGUUUGGCGAAAACGGAGAAGGAGAUUAUUUAGACGUAUGGAGCGUGCAGUGCAGUGCAACGUACUGGGAACGUGAUGACGUGGUGCGAUUCAAACAUGUCGCCACUGAGGUUUUCCUCAGUGUAACCGGAGAGCAGUACGGUCAACCAAUCAGAGGCCAGCGUGAGGUCCAUGGAAUGCCUUCAUCCAAUCAGCAUAACUACUGGAAGGUGAUGGAGGGGGUUUUUAUUCAGCCCAGCAGUGAUCCAGUGCGCCACGACGAGCUCUGAUGAUGCCGCUGCAUUAUGGUAGCGAGCGACUGAGAACUCCACUCACACAUGCUGUGAAACCCUCUCUAUGUAUAUAUAAACCUUCAGCUUCUAUAAAGUUUUACAUUUAUUGGUCAAACAAUUUUUGAGACAAAAGUCACCCA